UGAUGGAGAGAGGCGCGCGCGUUCAGGAGGGAGGGGUGAGAAAGAAAAGGGGGAUCGUUCUCCCGGUCAUAUAACGCGACAUCUCAUAUCCUCCUCUUCGCUGGCGACAUAAGCGACGCGUAACCGACACGCCGUCCUCACUGAAACCAAAGGCGCUUUUUUUGCUUUGCUAUGCGGAACCAAGAGCCAUGAAAAUGCUUCGAUUUCGGAGUCCGAGCAUGUCCUCCCUCGCGCAGGAGGUCCAGUGCACGGUUCGCCUGCUCGACGACUCCGAGAUCUCGUGCUGCAUCCAGAGAGACACUAAAGGGCAGUUUCUCUUGGAUCAUGUGUGUAACUACUACAGCCUGCUGGAGAAAGAUUACUUUGGCAUCAGAUAUGUGGAUCCAGAGAAACAAAGGCAUUGGUUGGACCCGAGCAAACCAGUAGUGAAACAGAUGAAAUGUCACCAGCCAUACACUAUGUGCUUCAGGGUGAAGUUCUACCCUCAGGAGCCAAUCAAGAUCAAGGAAGAGCUGACAAGGUACCUUCUGUACCUACAGUUGAAGAGAGACGUGUACCACGGUAGGCUUUUAUGUCCGUUCGCCGAUGCUGCGUAUCUUGGAGCCUGUAUAGUGCAGGCUGAACUUGGGGACUAUGAUCCUGAGGAACAUCCUGUUGACUACAUCAGCGACUUCAAGCUCUUCCCCAAACAGUCCCUCAAACUAGAGCGCAAAAUCAUAGAGAUCCACCAAAAUGAGCUGAGGGGACAGUGUCCUGCACUCGCCGAGUUAAACCUUCUUCAGAGGGCCUACACACUAGACACAUAUGGAGUGGACCCACACCCGUGCAAGGAUUUCACAGGAUCCACAGCUUUCCUGGGAUUCACUGCAAGAGGGUUUGUAGUUUUCCAGGGAAAUAAGAGGAUACAUCUUUUAAAAUGGGCAGAUGUCAGCAAAUUUAAGUUCGAAGGCAAAACAUUCUAUGUGAUUGGUGUGCAAAGAGAGAAGAAACUGGUUCUGACAUUCCACACCUCCACACCAGCAGCCUGUAAACAUCUGUGGAAAUGUGCUGUGGAAAAUCAGGCAUUUUACAAAUGUGCAAAGUCAAGUCAGAUAAAGACUGUGUCCAGCAGCAGUAUAUUUUUCAAGGGAAGCCGAUUUCGCUACAGUGGUCGGGUGGCUAAAGAAGUGAUUGAAGCCAGUUCAAAGAUCCAGAGAGAACCUCCUGUUGUACACAGAUCUCAGUUUGGCCAAAGCAGAAGCUUUACUUCACUCAGUCAUAAACAGCUCAUAAUGAACAUGGAGCCCCUCCUACCAGCACUGAGCUCCAGCAGGGAAAACAGAGACUCCUCAGCAGACAUUGGACUCUCGGCUUUGAAAGAAUCUGUCCAUCUGUCCCCACUGAAAGCGUCGGUCACUCCUGAGGAAGCAGAGGUAGAGGAGAGGGAAAACCACGGUCAGGGCAGACGAGAAGACGAGGCAGCCAAUAGGACGAGAGCAGAUGAGGAAAGGAGAGAGAUCCGUGUAGACAGCGAAGAGGAUGGGUGCAGCACCCUCACCAUAUCUGACACGGCGUACAGCCCGUGUGCCAGCAUGGUCCCGACGCCGGUGGAGGAGGGUCAGGGCGGCCUAGACCUGCUGUUCCAGAGUCCCGCGCGCUUGCUGAAGGAGCUGCACGCGGAUCCAGAGAUGCAGGUGGAGCUCCGGGCGGAGAGGGAGAGGGAACUCGCCAGAGAGGCGUUUCGGCAGUCGCUGUGUAACCCGUCGAGCGGGCGGCACCAGAUCCAGGCCUGUCUGAGCAGUGCCGCACGUUUGGUGGUGAUGGCCAUCGGUCUCCUCGUGAUUCUUCUUCCCCUCCUCCUCGUCCUGCUGGAGUCGGAUCUGGACAUCUCCUUCUUGCAUGACAUCCGCCAGACGCCCGAGUUCGAGCAGUUCCACUACGAGUACUACUGCCCCAUGCGACGCUGGUUCCUCUGCAAACUCGAACUCAUAACGGAGCGGCUAUGGGGCGACUGAGGCUCACCGUCCUACAGGAACUACAGGGAACGGGGGCGGGAAUGAAAUGGAAUGGGCAGGUUUGCUCUCCUACAUUACAUGAUUUAUUCAUUCACAUCUUUUGCAAAUCAUGCCAAUACGUUUUCAUAGCGGCAACUGAGGCAGUGUCCCGGCUGUAGUUUUAUAAGUAGCAUUAGAGAACAGCAUGUGCCUAUUCUCAGAUAGUUCAGUCAACUUCAUGAAGGGCGAACGAAAAGCACAGCUCGAAAAGAAAUGCAUCUUACAUUUCAACAUUGAUAGUGGAUAUGUAUGCCUUUUCAAUAUUUUCCAUUCAUUUCAUAUGCCUGUUAAAAAAAAACGUAUCAAUCAA